CAUGGCGUGCGCGUACCGAAUUCCAAAAUUUUUACAAUUUUUCAUUAUUUUCACUAUUAUAUCAUGUAGUUUUAGUAGAUUAGUUAGUGCAAACGUUGAGCUAGAUGAAGAUAAUUGGAAACAAAUCCUCGAUGGGGAGUGGAUGGUGGAAUUCUACGCCCCGUGGUGCCCAGCGUGUAAUGCCCUCGCGCCAGUGUGGCGGGACCUGUCCACACAGGCGGCUCGCAAGUCGCUGGCGAUGCGAGCCGCUGAAGUAGACGUCACCAAAUCGCCCGGCCUGAGUGGACGGUUCGUCGUGACAGCGCUGCCUACUAUCUUCCACGUGAUUGACGGCGAGUUCCGGCAGUACAAGGGUCCUCGCGACGUGGACUCGAUGCUGGGCUUCGUGCAGCAGAAGCGCUGGCAGCAGACGGAGCCGGUGCCGGCGUGGAAAGCGCCGCACAGCCUGCAGAUGACCCUCGUCGCUGAGUUCUUCAAGCUCAGCCAGGUGCUCAGGAGUGUCCACACGAUGCUAAUGGAGCAGUACGGUCUACCGACGUGGGGCUCCUACCUUAUAUUCGCCAUCGGUACCAUCUUGAUAGGCGCGUUACUCGGACUGCUGCUGGUAUGCAUUAUAGAUCUGUUAUACCCGCCGCGCCGCUCCGACAAGGUGCUAGUGUCGGCGGCCGAGGCGCGACAUCGCGACCUCGACGGUAAGGGGGUGGACGACGAGCAGGAACUAAUCAACGAUGACAUAGUCGACGACAACGAGAAAGACAGCGAUGCCGAGAAGAAUUCUGCUAGCGAUUCGUCGUCGUCGGAGGCGGCGCCGGCGGCGGGCGGCGACGUGGCGGACGACAAGCCCGAGGUCCGCAAGCGACGGCCGAGGAAGGCCGACUAGACUGAACACCACACAUGCGCCAC